AUGUCGUCCUUUGGCGCAGUCAUGCCCUCCGCGGCACGCGGAAUUCUCUCCUCAUGCAUUCUGCCACUCCGACAAAGGGCAAUUGCCCCGGCCUCCCUCGGUCUUCAGCAGGUACGAGGCUUCAAGGACCAGAAGAAGAGUAAGGGCAAGGGAAAGAGCCAGCCCAAGACGGACCGUCGGGGAAAUCGAGAGUUUCAGCAGAAGAACUUGGAGGAUAUGGAGCGAUUCGCGCUAUGUGAUGCGAUGCGCUUUAUUCGGGCAACAGAAGUCGGUCGCGAGCCUACGCUUUCAAAAUACGAGAUUCACAUCCGUAUCCGAACAAAAAAAGAUGGACCUGUCAUCCGAAACAUGAUCCGAUUCCCUCAUGCCGUCCAAACCGAAUCCCGAAUCUGCGCCGCCACGGAGGCGCUCGCUGCGGGUGCUGUCCUUGUUGGAGAGUCUGAGGUGUUUGACGCUGUCAAGGCAGGCAAUAUUGAGUUUGAACGUUGUCUUGCUCACCCUGACAGUUUGCCGGCGUUGAACAAGGCCGGACUGGGACGAAUUCUCGGUCCUCGUGGUCUGAUGCCCAGCGUGAAGAACGGUACUGUGGUCGAAGAUGUUGCUGGUCGUGUUGAGAUGCUUCGUGGAGGUACCGUCUACCGUGAGCGUGACGCCGUCAUUCGUCUUCCUAUCGGGCAAUUGGGAUUCUCGCCUGAGCAGUUACGGGACAACCUGCGCACAACGAUUGAUCAGGUGAAGAAGGAUGCUGUUAAGCUGAAUGACCGUAUCAGCAAGGAGGUCUACGAAGUGGUUUUGAGCUCUACCCACGGCCCCGGCUUCAGCCUGAAUGGUGACUUCGCAACCGACGACUCUCCUCCAACAUCUGCCUUGACGGGCGUGUAA